AUGAGUCGAGGCUCAAAACUAAAAUUGUGCCACGGCCGUAAAUUUUACUUUUUUAAGGAGAGGCGCAAGCUCUCGCAGCAGCUGGAGUACGGGAAAAGGGUGGAGAAGCGGAGGCAGGCCCUGCAGCCUCUGUACUCGGACGAGGAGUACGAGAGGUUCAAGACCGAAAAGCUCCGGCAGCUGAAGCCGCUGGUGCUCGACAUGCCGGAGUUGGAAGCACCUAAAGGGCCGGAGGAGAAUAAGGGCGAGGAGUACGAGGUGGCGGAGAGUAGAGUGGCGCCGAGAAACCCUCGUUGGGCUGUGUACGGAGGGGGUUUGGAAGAUGUAUCGGCAGUUUUCAAUAGCGAGAGCUACGAACCUGGCACGGGUGAAAAAUCACAAGGUCCUCGUAAAUUAUUCUCGAAAGAGGAAAAGGCAUUACUGAAUCGGCGGGUUCCUGAUUUAACAGUUGCCACCUCAGGAAAAUGGAACCCCCUUCACACUCUUGCUGCCUGUGGGGAAUUUUACCUUGUGAACUCCUUGUUGAAACACAACCUCGAUAUCAAUACCCUUGACAUGAAUGGAUUGACACCUGUGCACAGAGCAAUACUUGGCAAAAAGCAGGCUGUUUUUAAUUUUCUUUUGAGAGAAUCAGCAAACCCGUUUGUUCGUGAUAAUGAUGGAGCAACCUUAAUGCACUAUGCUGUUUUUGCGGCUUCAACUCCGAUGAUAAAAAUCCUUUUAUUGUACAAUGUGGACAUAAAUCUUCAAGACAAUGAAGGGUGGACACCACUGCAUCUGGCUGUGCAAUCCCGUAGAACAGACGUGAUAAGGCUGUUGCUCAUCAAGGGAGCUGAUAAAUCACUAAAGAACAGGAACGGAUGCACUGCCUUAGAUCUUUGUCUUUACUCUGUUCGGUUAUUUGACUUCGAACUCAUAUCAUGCCUGGUCCUUGUGAGGAUGAUCAUAUGA